UGAAUAUGCAAGACCUCAUGCAAUGAGUCAGGACAUUCCACGCUCCAUGCCGUACAACAUGCCGUCGAUGCCGCCACACGUCGACCCCAUGCUCUUGGGAUACCGACUCGGCAUGUAUGCUCCCGGAUCCAGGGAAAGGUUAGAACUUGAACUUGAAAUGGACAAGCGGGAAAGAGAUGCUCGUGAGCGGGAAUUGCGUGAACGGGAGUUGCGCGAAAUGGAAAUACGCGAGAAAAUGAAAGCGGAGAUGGAAAUGAAACCUCCAGGUUUGGAGCGACUGAUGCCGCCUGGUGCGAAUCCUCUGGACCCGCAGUGGCUGGAGUUACAGCGGCGAUUCGGCGGUGGUGGCAUACCCUCCGGCAUCGUUCCCAUCCAGGGAAGUGGUCACCCAGGCAACCCUCAUAUUCCGGGAGUCUACCCUCCUUCUAGUCUGGCCAGUGACCUGAUGGCAAGAGAGAGAGAAAAGCAAGAUAGACUUGGCUUGCAAGUGAGCUUGCCGUUUCUGACAGGUGAACAGGUUUACCAGCGUGAGAUGGAGCGAGUGUCGGCCGAACGCUUCCAGGCCGAAAGAAUGGCCUCCGACCCGGUCCUGCGCAUGCAGAUGGCGGCUGCGAUGCAUGCCCACAUGCAUACGCAUGCCCACUCCCACACGCACCUCCAUGUCCACCCCCAGGAUGGACUCCCCUGGAACGGGAAUGGAUCGCCCCACCCUUUGACGGGUUCGCCACAGUUUCCGCACUUAUACCCGCCGUUGGGGCCAGGAGCAGAUCCUAUGUCCAGCCUUCUUGGACAAAGUGCAGCGGCUGCAGCAGCGGCAGCACCGGGGGCAGGAACAUCGGCCCCUCACCCUCUGUCUUGCCUGCCCCCGGGGAUGGCCCCGCCCCACGUGAUCCCGGGGAGUCGAGAACAUGAACUGUUACAGCGAGAGCUCUACAGUCGGAUGUACGUCGAUCCAGCGGUGGCACAUCAGCUGUCUGCACAAGCUCAUCACGAUGCUCUUCAACGUCAACUUGCGAUAGAUCGGGAGAGAUACGGUGCUACCGGACACCUCCCCCCUCACUGAGUAUCUCCCCCCCCCCCCAUACCGAGUACAGAGUUUCCAUGUGCUUCGUGUUACCAAAAUGGAUGAAAUAGAUUAUAGAUAAAAUGUGGAUGGCUAUCUGAAUUGACAAGCUAGCAGGAAAUGGAAGUAAACGUUAGGGGAAUAUUGGAACUUCAGAAAAAAUAUCCAGACUUCAGGAAAGACAGCUGGACUUCAGAAAAAAUAUCCAGACUUCAGAAAAGACAGCUGGACUUCAAAAAAAAUAUCCAGACUUCAGGAAAGACAUCUGAACUUCAUAAAAAAUAUCCAGACUUCAGGAAAGACAUCUGAACUUCAUAAAAAAAUCCAGACUUCAGGAAAAACAGCUGGACUUCAGAAAAAAUAUCCAGACUUCGGGAAAGACAGCUGGACUUCAGAAAAAAUAUCCAGACUUCGGAAAAGACCGAUGAACUUCAGAAAAAAUAUCCAGAAGUUAGGAAAGACUUAAGAAAAAGACUUAAGCUGGACUUAAGAAAAAAUACCCCAAAUGUCAUUAAUUUUUCCAAAUUUUUUGGGAACAGCACAAACUUCGUGGAAAAUACUCCAGCUUCAUAGAAAGUAAAUGAACUUCAGGGGGAAUGACCAACAUUCAGGGAAAAUAACUUAAACAGCAGGAAAAAUGCUCUAAUUUUCAUGUGAAAUACAUGUGAACAUGGAUUUACUGGAGAAUACCAGAAUGUUAGUGAAAAUAUCAGAAUUUCAGCUAAAAUGUUCAGUUUUUCUUAGAAAUUAAAUGGAAAUUGCCUAAACAUGAGGGAAAACGCCCAAAGUGAACUUCACAAGAAAACACUUCUUAAGUUCAGUAAAAAAUAACUGGUCUCAGUCAAACUUAAAAAAAGAGAGUAAUUUCAGCUGAAGACACUCACUUUAAAACAAGUAUGUGAGCAUAUGUAACAACCUCGGAUGAUGGGGAAAAUGACCUUAGUUUAUGGGUGAGUGAAGACUGAAAAUAAUGUUUAUCUUCAGUUGUGACACUUGUACAGUGUAUGUUUUUUUCCGGUGUACAGUUCAGAGGUCAAUUUAUUGACUCUUUGAAUACAUUGCAUAUGUUUCAAGUGCGGAACUAAAUGGACCGACUCAGUGACUGCCAACCUACAUGUUCUAGUACAAAAUGUCUGUAGAUUCCACUAGAAUAUUCCUGGAGAAAAAAAAAAACAUAAUACGGUUCAGUGUUUAUUCCAUUGUGCAAGGACAAUGGAACAUGUCUUGAGGACAAAACAAUGAUUACCCUAUGAAUCAAAGUGAUGUACAGUGAAAAUGGUUGAUCCAUAAUUAUAUUAUGUUCUGUUGCAAAAUAAUGUGUUGAGAGAGAGCUAGUCCAGCUAAAAUGGCAUCCCUGUUUUAAAAUUAAAAUAAGAAAAAAAUAUUACUUGGUCUCUCUAGAAAUAUAACUUGUGGAGAGAGACCCAAUCCAAGUACAAUGGCAUGCAUCCAUGUUUUAAAAUAAUAAUUAAAAAAUUUACUUGGUCUCUCUAGAAAUAUAACUUGUGGAGAGAGACCCAAUCCAAGUACAAUGGCAGCCAUAUUUUAAGAAAAGUACCUUGUAUCUUUUUAUCUCAAUGUUAAUGAAAUGACAGAAGGUACUUGUGCAUACAAAUGGCAGCCAUGUAUUCAGGGAAAAUAUACUUUUUCCAGGACAAUAAGAACUUUACCAGUUAACAAGUUACUAAGUACUGUUAUAUGCAAGUGAUUUUAACAAGUAUCGAACCUUCAUAUUAAAUCAUAUCUGGAAAUAAUAAAAUCUAUAUCGUAUACUCUAAAGCUACAGGAUGUUUGGGACUGGCUAAUAAAAUCUGUAUUGUAUACUCUAAAGCUACAGUAUGUUUGGGACUGGCUGAUAUAAUCCAUAUCAUGUCUUGCAGGAUGUUCAGACUACAGAAUUAUACCGUUUUUCUGAAGACUUAUUUCAGGAUGUUGACAGAAUGCAGAAGUUAAAUCUGUGGCUUGAGACUUGGAAUUGAUCUGAUCCAUAUGUGUAUUCUAGUGUUUUAAGGAUGACAAGACAGGGUGAUCGAAUCCAAGCCUUGUUUUCACAAGGUGUGUAGACUGGUGUAGAAUGUAAACUGUUGUCCUGAAAAUGGAUUUCAGCAUGUGUACAGAACACAAGUAAAAUGGCCGUAGUGUUGGACCAUUUCUCUUUGCAAUAUGUUAAUUCAAUGUGAUUCAGAUAAACAUGGAAACAGCAAUAAAAUGUGUGGACGGGUAGCAGUGUAUGUACGAAAAGAAAAGAAAAACUCAAACAAACAUAAGACUAAAACAUUCGAGAAAGGUUGAAGACUGCAUCAGUUUUAUCAAUCUGAUGUUUUGAUUUUUCUUGGCCUGACUAUGAACAGUGGAGACUGUUAAGCAAGGGAGGUAAUCCUUGACUGUUAUUUAUAUCACAGUCUUCAUCUUCACAGUCGUCUAAAAUGACUGACAUAAAUUAUAUAUGCAUGUACACUACAAGUGGCAAUUGUAAAUGAGCAUUGCAGCAUAAAAGGUGAACCGACAGUGGACGAUAUAUGUUGGUUCAAAUUCGUAUUAAAGACCCAUGUAAGUUUUAUGGCAACUACAUGUGUAUCUGAAAAUGGAAUUCACAUUUUUUUGAUGGAUAUAAGAGUGUGCUAUUUAAUAUUUUAUUUGAAAGAAAUGUUUGUGUGUAGCUGAAGUAUUAAAAAAACCUACAAAUUAUCAUGUGUAUUUCAAGUCAUUUGACAUGACUAUCCCGAGUCGAGCUUGGCAGUGGCCAAAGAUUUGUGUCAUAAGCAAAUCUAUAAACGUGUUUAUAAUAUUUGUAAAUUUUAAAUGUUUUUAUGUCUUAAUAGAUAACGUAACUGUUGUGAACAUUUUUUUUUUGGUUGUUUGUCUUUUUGUCCAGUAAAACUGAGACUUUUAGACAAAUUGUAAUGUUGUUGUUUUUGUUUUUUUUUUUUUUUUUUUAUGUGGUCAUUAAUCAUGGGACAGUUCUGUGUACAACAUAGAUGGGUGGACAUCAUGUUGAUUAACCCUUUCACCACUAAGUUUCUUCAUUGCAAUAUUCAUUGUAUUUAAAUUGUCUUGUUCAUAUGGUUUAAAGGGUUAACCAAUCAUUUGGUGUGAUGACAAACCUCAUUGUUGUACAGAAAUGUUGGACAAUGAGAGCUUCUGUAUGUAUCAGAUGUGUUGAUUGGACAAAUUCAGCAGACCGAGGAUUCCCAAAAGCCGAGAUCUUGAGCAAAACUGAAAGUACACUUUAAGCUAAUAGGAGAAAACAACUAACUAAAAAUAAAGGGCAAAAUUUACGGAGUCCAUCUUUUUUAAACACAGGUUCAGUGUGUGAUUUUGAGGAGAGUCCGGGAGCCCGAGGCUUGCAGAACUCCUAUAGGACUCUCUAGAUUGGCUCAAAACAAUUAUUUGUAUAAAUGAAUUGAUUCUUCGAAAUGACACAGUCAACAUAUAUCUCAAAAUCCUGGGAAACCAGAGUCUUGAAUAGCGAUCUUUUCCAUGGAUUUAAUCAAAAUAUGUAAUGUAUUUUCUGUUCUACUGGAGACGCACAGCAGGGAUCGCUGGGUUGGUGGCGGGCUCUAAAGAUUUGUAAACAGGGAGUCCUUAUGACACUUAAAUUUUUUAAUCCAAAAUCGCACACCGACACAGGUGCAUAAACAUUGUAAAUGCAUGUAAUUUGACUUGUGUAAGACAAAAGCAGACAUUGUAAAGUUGGCUCAACGUGUUCAAUUCUCUCCCCUUGACUUUGUAAAACUGAAAGUACCCUUUAUAAAGAUGAUUGAGAUGUAGGUGGGGGCAAUCUUUACUUGAUUAAACUAAAAUACAUUAAUGGGAGGCAACACAAACAUUGCUCUAAAUUUGAUGGGUGAUCUCUCUUGGACUAUAACGAGUUCUCCCAUACUCGUUUUUUAAAGGCUAUGAUAUGCAGUAGCAGAAGGUGUCUUAUCAGUUUUGACCAUGAGUCAGACUUCCUUUCCUCUUCAGCUGACUAAACUGAAAUUAGUUUUGGGAAGAUAACUAAGAAGGCAGGAAAUAUGUUGGUUAUCUCCUUAUCGCCAAAAUUAGCACCAUAUAAAACUUCAAUAGCAUUUGGCUGGGUGAAAGUUCAAAGUGAUCCAAAUAUAUUGUUGAGUAAUUCAUACUGCUACACGUCUAAUGUGUAAACUGAACUAUUUUAUUUUUAUGCAAAACGUUUCUAUUAGAGACAAAUUAAGGGGAGAGAACUGAACUAUAUUUUUUGUUUGUUGAUUAUCUCCCCUUAAGACCAAUUUGAGUAUCGUGAUAAGGGGAGGUAAAUGAAUUAGUUCAUUGUAUUUUAUCACCAUACAAAAUGUUUUAAGUUAAAUUAAAAUUAUCUGUAAACGUGUAUAAUAUGUUUUUUAUGAAGACAAGAAUUUGAACUGUAAAUUCUGGUGCAUUAUAUAUUAUUAUUAUUAUUAUUAUUAUUAUUAUUAAAACUGUUGUGAUCGUCUAAAAUGGUGAAACAUAUUUAAUCAAAGGUAAUAUUUGUGUUCUUUUUGUACUUCUGUUGAAACCAGACACCAUUUCUAGAUUCUGAGGUGGCAUUAACUCUGUUCUCUUUGAUUUUUACAAACUUUCUUUAACUUUGGAACUUUAUAUAACUAGGGGUGGGCAAGAGAGCUUAUCUCCCCAUCCAGGUCAAGAAGUGAAACAAAGAAAGAAAGCCUUGUACAAAUGCCUUUCAUAUUAUUAUCUAGAAAUGGUGGCUGUAGAGAAUGGCAAGAGAUUUAUUUGGUUAUUUUUAAAACUUAAUUGUGAAUACAUAAGUUUUUAAGAUUAAAUUUUUAGUUUCAUAGCUGUACAUGCAUGACUUUAAUAUGCAUUUGCUUUUGAUUCUGGAAUGGCAAGACACUGUAUUUCUCAUAGCCUUCGUUGACUUUUGAACAGCUAAAUUUUGGUAUUGGUUAAACCACACACAUACUCAUAAAAACACUUUGAUGCACAAUCAUUUUUGAUAUUUUACUCCAAAAGAUAUAGACUUCUUCGAGGCAUUUUUUUUCUGGAUUGAUUAAUAAAACGUUCCACUAAUAUUACAUUUUUAAAAAUCCAUAUUUUCAAACUUACACUUGAUCCAUUGAUGGUUUCAACAAAGAAACAUAUUUAAUUAAAAUUUAAAAUGAAACACAGAGAUCCUAUUUUUAAAAAUAACCCUGUCAUCAAAAUAAUCACCAUGUAUACUAAGAGUAAGAUAUUAGUUUAAAAUGCCCUUUAAAAAAGUCUGUAGAGCUUGUAAUGACGGUGGUACCUUGAGCACCACCAGACACAGAACUAGUGGGUUCAGGAACGAUAACUGCAUUGAAUUACGUUCACGAACAUUAACGUCUACUAAGUAAGUUUUUAUAGUUACGCCCCUUUGUACCUUAGCUUUCUGUUAAUACAUGUAAUUACCCAUGAGCAUCGUGAUGCAAACUAGCGCUAUCAUAGACAUAGAAUUUAUCCUAUUCGGUGUAAUUCUAUUAUUUGUAAUAGAACAAAACGAGGGCCGGUGCACCUAAAAUCGCCUUGUCCUAAACAACUGCCCAGUUCGCUUAAAGAAAGCGCUGGCUCUGGAAUCAACCCAUUAUUUGAUACUUUCUUAAUGUGCACGAUCUGCAAUCACUAAAAUUUGAAUUGGUCCAAUACAUGGACGUCUGUGUACAAAUGCCUUUUCUUUGUAUUUCAAAUGCUGGGAUGUUUUAUAAUUAUUACAGAUGACGAUGUUUUUGCAAAUAAUGUAGUAUUUAUGUGAGAACUGUACAGAACCAAAUUAUUUUGGUCUCGGUUGCCAAACCUUCAUUCAUUAAACUUCUGGUCUUAAAAAACUGAAAA